AUGCCACUCAAUAUAUCCACCAGAUUACCUUCGAACCUCUCCCAAUCACUCAAGUCCCUUCCACUUAAACCACUAGGCAUUUCCACCCUUUCUACUCGACCUUCUUGGAGACGGUCCGAAGAUGGGUUCACUUCUAUUGAGAAGGUACGAGAUAUCCUUACCAAGGAAGAAUACUUGAUGGUAUUUUCAACGGAUAACAGAGGAUCUUUCAAAUCAAUAGACGGCAAUCAGCUCUCGAUCGUUCCCACCGAAGGACCAAUCAAUCAACGUUCAUCCAGAAAAGGUGAUACCUCACAUAUUCGAAGAAGCAAUUGCAUCUCACUUUCGAAUGAUGAGGUGUUUAGGAUCAACAGUAAACCACUGGUCAUGGAGGAAGGUACUCUCUAUUAUGCCAAACCCCUUCCCCUAUCUCUCACAGAAAGUACUACUGCCGAAGCUAAAAGUCAAGUUUAUCAGAGCUCACCUAUUCUGGACUUAUUGAAGAGUAGGGGAUCAGACGUAGGAGAUUGUCUGGGACUGAAUAUCCUUAUACGUGAUCAUAGAGAUCUCUUAGAUGGUAAGGAAAAAGGAAGAGGGAAAGAAAUGGAAAUCAGAUCCCUAUACUCUUUGGCACCUUUACAAGGCCAAGAUUCAAUCGAUACUGUUUCGGAGUCCGACUCGAAAGGAGACUUGGAGUUGAUCACUGUGGAUGAUGAGAAAAACAACGUAUCAUGGUAUGAUCCUACACUUAUCAGAAACCUUCCUGAGGAUUCGGAGAUGUAUACAGUAGGUGCCAUCCCAUUGGAUGAAGUACUAGGUAAUCUCGAUAAGUAG